GCGGAGAGGGCCCCGCCCGUGCCUAGGGAGGGGGGCGCGAGGGCCUCCUGCUGCGGCCUCGGUCGGCGCCGAGCGCGGAGCCCGGGAGCGCGGACCCGCCGGCUGCGGGUGCGGAUCGGGCGCUGCCGGGCGCGGAGGAGAAAGGGGUUUAUGAUCACCAUGGCUGCAGUGGAUCAUUUCCACCUCCUGUACAGAGAGAUCAGUCGUUCCUUGCAGUGUUUACUUGGAGCCCUGGCUCUAGUUGGAGCUUGGUACACGGUUCAGAAAGUGUGUGUCUCUGCAGUUGACACUUACAGCAUGCUUAGGUUGCAUUUCAUUCCUAAGCUGGGCGGCAAGAUUGAUCUUGUCAAGCAGUAUGGAAAAUGGGCCGUGAUCACUGGUAGCACAGAUGGUAUUGGGAAGGCAUAUGCCGAAGAACUGGCAAAGCGUGGUGUCAACAUCAUCUUAAUCAGCCGAAACAAAGAAAAGCUGGAGGCUCUAUGCAAGAGCAUAUCUGAAACCUAUAAAGUUGAAACACUUUUCAUAGUAGCUGACUUCAGCAAGGGGCGUGAGCCUUACUCAGCCAUUAAGGAGGCACUGAAAGACACAGAAAUUGGGAUUUUGGUGAAUAAUGUAGGAAUAUUUUAUCCCUACCCAGACUAUUUUACCAACCUGUCUGAGGAUAUCCUGUGGGACAUGAUCAACAUAAAUAUUGCUUCUGCUAACAUGAUGACCCAUAUUGUGUUGCCAGGCAUGGUAAAGAAGAAGAAAGGGGCAAUUGUGAACGUUUCUUCUGCAUCCUGUUGUCAGCCAACACCAAUGCUGGCAGCCUAUGGAGCCUCUAAACUGAACUGUGCAGGUGCCUCCCAACUAUUUGCACACUAUAUUUUUGCUCAAUCCAGCACUGUGACAAAUCAGGCCACUGCUUCACCUAACACCGAGGGGCAGAAGGAUUCUUGCACCAUUGUCUGUACCAUAUUUAGUCAGAAAAGAACUUCCACCGUAAUUAUUUUUCCUGAGGAGAUCCAGUCAAUAAUGAAUAGGAUGGAGCAGCUGGGUGAUGCUGGAAGUAUGAAUGCACAUGAAGAUGCAGAUUUAAGCUGGAUGACUUGCUGCUGAAUGCACAAAAAUGACUGGGGUUGUAGAAGAAACUUGUCUCGAUCUGGUACCUAAGCAAAUGUGGUUAUUGCUUCCAGUGGUGGCUGCACUCUGCUGUAGCCUCUGCAGCCUCACUCCUGGGAUGGGUCUUGUGAGUACUUCCUUUUGCCUGGAGCAAAACUAGCUCUUACUACCUCAAUGUAUAAAACUCCUUGCAGGUUUUCUUUGGCAUGGAAACUGUCUUAAGAUUCCUGUUCCCGUUGUAGGUUAUGCCAAGUGUAUGUAGAACUGUACUAUGAACCAAAACAAUUAAAAGGCAAAUGUGUGCUUAAUUUUGCGUAAGGGGGCUGCAGGAAGUAAUUAACCCAGUUUGUAGGGAAGAUCAGUUGACUAUGAAGUUCACCCGUAAAUUUAUUAAACAACGGGACUUCAUUUUGUCCUAUUGACAACAGUAUGUGUAGUUAGCUUUGGAGUGUCCCCCCCACACCCCCAAACUAAACAAGGCAUUAGUUUUAGAUGAAAUAACUGUUUCUAUAUCGGUUUUAAGCAGAAAUUGUCUUAUCUUUUAUUAAAUGCACAUCAGAGAGUUAAGCAGUCACUUUGUCCUGCAAGUUGCUGCACUGUUACACAUUUUUAGCAAACAAAUUACAAUUCUAAAUAUUGAUAAUGCUUUAGAAAUGUAUAUUUUUUAUAGUAUUUAUUCCAAGUUUGGUUUUUUAGGUUUUUUUUAGCUCGUGUAUUAAAAUAUGCUACAACUUUCCUGUAAAUUUAAUAAAACCCUGUCCUAAGACUUGAUUGAUUUUUUUUUUUUUAAAGAAAG